AUGGAGUUAGAAUUGGAAGACCAUGAUUUAUCACUUUUUAAGGAACCUGAAGAUUUUCGACCUCCUCCUCCAGAACCAACAUUUGUAACCUUUGAGCGUAAAGCAGACCAUAUAUCAUCCGGUAUCCGUCGUUUACCAAAAAUUAUUGAUGAAUCUACUUAUUAUAUUGGUUUUCAUCCAUUAUGGGCUCAUCAACUGUGGAAUGCGAGUAAAUGUCUUUCAUGGUAUUUGGAUGAACAUAAAGAUCUUGUUUCGGGUAAAAAUGUUUUAGAGCUUGGAGCUGGUGGUGCACUACCUUCAUUUAUUUCUUUUUUAAAUGGUGCGAAAAAGGUGGUCAUAACAGAUUAUCCUGAUAAUGAUUUGAUUGAAAAUAUAAAAUAUAAUGUGCAGAUGAAUCUUCCUUUAAAAGAUGGUUGCGAUAUUACUAAUAUAAAAAUUUUGGGAUACCUUUGGGGAAGUCAUACAGGCCCAUUACUAGAUGUAAUUUCUUCUUCGCAACAAAAUUCACAAUCUACGAAUAAAAGACCAUAUUAUGAUUUAAUUAUCUUAUCUGAUUUAAUAUUUAAUCAUUCUCAACAUUCUGCAUUAUUGAAGACAUGUGAAGAAUGUUUAAUUGAAAAUGGACAAGUACUUGUGUUUUUUACACAUCAUCGGCCAUGGCUUGCAUACAAAGAUAUGGAAUUUUUUGAGAAAGCAGAAGCAGAUGGUUUGUUUAAAGUUGAAAAAAUCUUGGAAACACCAAUGAAACCAAUGUUUGAGAAGGAUAGAGGAAGUGAUAUUGUUAGGGCAACUGUUCAUGGAUAUAGAAUGACAC